AUGUCAAUAAAAUUAAAUAUCGUUGAAACAAUUCCAACAUCUCUAACAGAAAUUCAAGAAGAAGCGUGGCUAGUUAUCAAUUCCGAAAAGUCAUCGAGUCCAGUUUCUACAAUUCCGUUUCUUAUUAAUAAAACAUCAUAUGUUGAUUCAACAAUUUCGCUUGCAGUCAAUUUAGAUAACAUAGAAAAUAGCUUUUUAUAUUUUACAUUAUGCUGUUACUAUCAAGGAAAUGAUGAUAUUAUCCCGCUAGCAAGAACAAAAGUUCGAAUUGGCAAUAUUCCGCUUGAUGGAGUCACUCAUUUUCAAAUACCACUAUAUGGUCAUCUUAAUAUUGACGAUCAAAUAAUUACUAUCACCCUUGUUGGGACAUUAUUGAAAUCAGAUCAACCCGAUUUGAAUAUUCAAGAGUUUAUAGGCUCGAAUACUUACAUUUAUUAG